GAAAAUUUGUUCCAUUGUGACAGAACUGUUUACAUUUUUGUUCUUAUUAAGCAGAGAAUGUGAACCAGACCUUCAAAAGAUGAUGUCUCCUUUGCCUGUGGUGGUCACUAACUGCCAAGAGAAAAUCCAGCAUUGGAAGAAGGUAGAUGAUGACUAUAAUGCUCUUCAGGAAAGACUUAGUACCUUGCCCGAUAAGCUCUCUUAUAAUAUAAUGGUACCAUUUGGCCCCUUUGCCUUCAUGCCAGGAAAACUUGUCCAUACCAAUGAAGUGACUGUUUUACUUGGGGACAACUGGUUUGCCAAGUGCUCUGCAAAGCAGGCUGUAGGUUUAGUUGAGCACCGGAAAGAACAUAUAAGAAAAACAAUAGAUGAUUUAAAAAAAGUGAUGAAAAAUUUUGAAUCCAGAGUUGAAUUCACAGAAGAUUUACAGAAGAUGAGUGAUGCUGCAGGUGAUAUUGUUGACAUAAGGGAAGAAAUUAAAAGUGACUUUCCACUUAAAGGAAAACAACGAAUUGCUCAUAAACCUCAUUCUAAACCAAAAACUUCAGAUAUUUUUGAAGCAGAUUUUGCUAAUAAUGUAAAAUCCAAGGAUUUUCUUGUUGAUAAGGAACUGUGGGCUCGACUUGAAGAACUAGAAAGACAAGAAGAAUUACUGGGUGAACUUGACAGUAAACCUGAUACUGUGAUUACAAACGGAGAAGAUACAACCUCUUCUGAAGAGGAGAAGGAAGAUCAAAACACAAAUGUGAAUGUGAUGCAUCAAGUUACAGACUCCCUUGCUCCCAGCAGUUGUCCUAAGAGUGCUAUAAGUUCAAAACUAUUCAGUGGUCAGGUGAAUAGUAAAUUGAACUGUUCAGUGAAUGGAUCAGAUUCUUAUCACAGUAAUGAAGAUGACGAUGAAGAAGAAGAAGAAGAUGGUGAUGAUGAUGGUGGUGGUAGUAGUGAUAAUGAAAACGACCAUGAUGCUUCAGGGAUUGGAGAUAAUUCUGUACCAACAAUAUACUUUUCUCACACUGUUGAACCUAAGAGGGUUCGAAUAAAUACUGGAAAAAAUACAACUUUAAAAUUCAGUGAAAAGAAAGAAGAGGCCAAACGUAAACGAAAGAACAGCUCUGGCAGUGGUCAUUCUGCCCAUGAGUUGCCUACAAUCAGAACUCCAGCUGACAUUUACAGAGUUUUUGUUGAUGUUGUGAAUGGAGAAUAUAUACCUCGGAAAUCAAUUCUCAAGUCUCGAAGCAGAGAGAACAGUGUUUGUAGUGAUACCAGUGAGAGCAGUGCUGCUGAAUUUGAUGAAAGGCGGGGAGUUUUGAGGAGUAUUAGCUGUGAAGAAGCCACUUGCAGUGACACCAGUGAGAGCAUUUUGGAAGAAGAACCACAGGAAAAUGAUCAAAGGAAACCUUUGCCUUCAUCGGGAGCACCUGAGGCUUUUUCUGGAACUGUAAUAGAAAAAGAAUUUUUAUCGUCCUCCUUAACACCACACCUAGCCAUUGCUCACCCUGUACUACCCACCAUUCCGGAAAGAAAAGAAAUUUUGUCAGAAGCAUCAGAGGAAACUGCAAAAAGGGUUUCAAAGUUCAAAGCUGCCAGAUUGCAGCAGAAAAGCUAGGAAAUGGGAGUUUAUGUCCUAAAGCCGACUUGUACAUUUUUAGAAUAUACACAGCAAAAUAUGUUACAUGUAGUUUGAAAUAAGGCAUCCCGAGUUAGUUUGGCAACUUUUUUUAUCCUUACCAGUGAGUUGUACUAAACAAAUUCAAAGUAAAUGUUUGAAUACUUUAAUAUUCAACUUGUUUGUUAAUUUUCUCAAUACUGUCUAAGUUGGUCUUAUGAUGCAGUGGUAGCAUUUCAAAUUAUUUUUCAAAGAAUACUGUUCAUAUGCGUUGUUUUUGUGUUUCAAACUAAAUACAAGCAGUUUUGUACCAGCUGUGAUGUUGUGCAUACCAUAUGGACCAUUUUAAAGAAACUUUUAAAAUUUCAAUCGAUUCAGCCAUUAUAUUACUUGCUUUUGCAUUUUAAAGGCACUUUAAAAAAAGUCUACUUCCCUUAUAGGUUUUGCAGCUAGGUGGCUACUUAAAAAAACCUCUCCCCUUUGGAUGAAAUACUGUAAUCUUUAAGGCAGAAAGCUACAUGUACCCUACGGGAAAGUCUCUUUGAUUGGAAGAGUAUUUUGUAAAAACAUUUUUUCAAGUAAAAAUUUUGUGAAACUUGGCCUCUAAAA